AUGGCCCGAGUCUCUGACCUCAGCAGACCUCUGUUCCCAUCAGCCUUCAGAGUGAAGCGAGGGACGCCAGCGCUGCUCAACCCCACGUUUCAGAAAUCAGCGGAGGACGCCAGCCUUCUGUACGAGGUGUUGUGGUCGGGAGGGUACAUGGACGCGGUGAACGGGAUGCUCCACAUAUCCGAUCAGGAGCUGGCGUCCAUGCGGAAGCUAGAGCUUCUGGAGGUGCUGUGUGAGGACGUGCUUCCCAGAAGCCUCUCGGAGAUCCAGCGGCUCAGUGCUCAGCUGGAGCUGCACCGCGGAUCGCUGCGGAUGGACGACUUUGAGCGCACGGUCCUCACGAUGGUGUUUACGGCUCAACAGCUCCAACAUACCAGCCCCGGCCACCAGAGAGAGCUGUGGGUGAAUGCACUCCUACGACUCUAUAAAGCCAUCAAAGGAGACCUGCGGCCGGAGUCGAGUAAAGCUACAAAUGCCUGACUCUGAGAGAAGCAUCUCAUGUAUCAGUCUACUGCAGUGCUUCUCAGCCAGGGGCUGCAGGACUGUCCCAGCUAACAGGGAACGUUCUGGCAAGCUUCUCUCAAAGUUAUGAACAAAUGUUCUUCCAGCAGCAUUAAUAGAGCAUUUGUUCAAAGUGAUCUGGUCUUUAA